AUGCGCAAACUCGAGCUUCAUCGAAGGCGAAUGGCACGCUUCCGUAACAGACGAGCAGUGAAGAAGAAUGACAUGAACGAGGAAUACCGUCGUCUUGAACAAAAGCUAGAGCAGCGGCUUGCCGCCUUGCAUAGGAAUAAAAAAUGCGAUGGCAACGGGGGGAUCGAUUCGGUCCAGCUACAGAUGCAACAGCUGGUAUUGGAGCAUGAAUCGCUUCGAGAAGAACAUGUAAAGCUACAACAGGAGCUCGCACGGUUCCAGAAGCUCGCGCUAAUGAUUCAGAGUGCAAGAAACAGUGUUCUCAAUGAUAAUAAUGUCACCAACUCGACCGAAAUGCACAGCGAAGUUACAGUGCGUUGCAUCGAGUCGAAAUGGCAACCAGUUCAGCAACAAUCCGGCUUCCGUGUGCACUUCCCGCAGGCCAGUCCAUCGUUUUUCUUCCAUCCAUUUACCAGGGAAGAAUUUGACGAUAUUCUUCGCUGUCACGACAAGAACACAGCCAGAAAUUCGUCCUAUCUCGCUUGGGCUGGAGUGUAUCUCGGAUGGAAGGUUUACCACGGCGCACUUACCCCUGGCAAGGAUUUUCUAAUCGCUCACGUCCGGUGCAGUAAACGGAUACACUGUUCGAUCGACAGCAUGAUGGAUCGUUUGAUCAGCCAGGAUGGGUCAAGUAAGUGGCCUAUUAUGCCUACAGCCAGAGAUAUCGGCGUCAGAGCAGAGAUCAACAUCCAGACGUUGCAAAAGUUCGACGAAGACACAUACGUGAUUGUUCGCAAUUACACUGGUGGCACCAACUUUCGCUACAUGUGCCUGGUGCAGCGAUCGGAGAUAGAGUUGCUGGAUGGAAAGCGAAAAUUCAAGUUUUACUACGUCCUCGGUGACUCCAAGGCUAAUGCUCGUAGCCGUGAUGCAGAAUUGACUGGUCAAGAUGAUGUUCAGUGGGUCACAGAAAGAGGGGGUUACUCGAUGACAUUGAGUGAGGUCGAUGGCUCGAGCAUUGACAUGGUUUUCGACAGCUUAGGUUGUUUCAAGAGUGAAGAGCAAGCGCUAGGACAUUUUAUCAUGUUUGGCCGUAUCGUCACUCGAUGGGACCAGCUAGUUUUCGCGUCAAAUCUGCUCAAGUUUUGAUAGGGUGAUUUAAUGAUUAGAUUUUAGACCUGCAAAACGUGUACUUAGUACUUGGUAUUCAAUAGCAUCACUCGUGGAUCAAAGA